GAAAUAUAGUUGAUAUUGGAUGGAGAUCUGGUUUUCCUACGUUUCCUAAGACCAAGAAUAUGAAUUUUAUGAUUUACGUAGAGGGGAAAUCAUCAUUUAAAGCGUUGAAAGGAAUUGAUCUGCCUUCCGAAUUUUUAAUUGCAAUUUUAAUUACUAAAGAAGAAUAUGAAAUAUUCGAAAAGCAUGGAAUGCCUCGCUUAUUAAGUCAUAUGGGGAAUGCAGAAAGAUAUUUUCCUUUCCCCAUAUGGAACGAUAGAUCUCGUAAAAGUGUCGUAACAAUGAAUGAUUUGAAAUCGAGCAUAUUAAACAUGGCAGUAUUAACGAUGAGAAUUCCAAGAAUCAGCGCUACAUUAAUAAAUAAAGAAUUAAUCAGAUUGAAAAUUCCAUCACAAUCUCACGCAAAACUGUGUGAAGCUAUAUCAACAUUAGAUUCUCAAUAUCCACUUACGAUUUUAACCGAUUUAGAUGAAAGUGCGGAUUCUUGUCUGGUCUGGAAUAGUGUUUGGAAAAAACAUCAUGCAAUUAGUUCAGGCUUCCUUAGUAAUCUGACCGGCGGUUGUUUUAUUACAUUCUGCCCGAAGCAAUCCGAGGAUUUAUGUAUGAUAUCUGAAGAUGGAUUUGCUUUAUUAUUGAAAGAUAAUACUUACAAAAUUCUUCUCCAAGCACUUCGUUCUCGUAAUUCAUUUAAUAUAAAAUCAAAUAUGCUACACUUUCAUCUUGAAUUUGAAUGGGAUAGUAAAAUUGACGGAAAUGGAGUAAAAGAUAUCAAAGUUACUGAAUGUAAGCUUACCAACUUCGUAUUUCUUACUAGAAUACAAAAACUUAAUGAACGAGUAAAUUGCAAAGCGCUUGUAGAAUAUACAGAUGAUUUAUAUAAUGAAAUUUCAAAGCAUUUCUCUUCAAUAGAAAAAAGUGAUGGUUUUACCCUGUUUGUUGAUUCAUUUAUAACAACGUGUGGAUCUAUUGAUGUAAAGUUGGGAACACUACCAAAAAAUUAUGAUAGUGCAAAAGCAUUGUUUGAUCUACUUUUACGCAAUUUGAUGUCAGUAAAGCCACCAAUAGUUUAUGGACAUCUUGGUAUUCGAUUUGAGUUCAUUGUUUGGGGUGGAAUAUCUGAAAAAGACGAAGAAAAAUCUUCAACAAAAGAAUUAAGUCAAUAUCAGAAAAUUAAGGAAUGUUCAAAUAUUACAAGGUGUUUUGGGGUGACACGAAAUCUUGAAACCGGCGAAUAUUUACUUGUUGUAGAUUAUGGUGGAAUUGAUCUCACAAGAUUAUUUGACAAUGCAAGAACAUUUUCUAUUAAAAUUACAUUAAAAGAAAG